AUGAGAAAAACGCAUCACACUAAUGCGACGCUUCCGCUUGGAUACGGUUUCCCGAUUGGAGACCCAUGGAUCACAUACGAUAUCUCCCCAUGGCGUUUCGCCUUUGAAAGCGUACAUACUUCUCAAUGCCUAGGCAUCUAUCCAAUGCAUUAUUUUUGA